AUGGCGGGGCGGCGGCGGGCGCUGCCGCGGCUGCUGCUGCGCUGCCUCCUGCUGGGGCUGCUGGGCGGCGGCGGCGGGGGCCAGCCCGGCGGCGGCGAGUACUGCCACGGCUGGGUGGACGGGCAGGGGGGCUACCACGAGGGCUUCCAGUGCCCCGAGGGCUUCGACACGGCGGCCGCCACCAUCUGCUGCGGCUCCUGCGCUCUGCGCUACUGCUGCGCCGCCGCCGAGGCUCGCCUGGAGCAAGGCGGCUGCACCAACGACCGGGAACCCUCGGAGCCGGGAGUCACCGCCCAACCAAUCUACGUUCCAUUCCUCAUUGUUGGAUCAAUAUUUAUUGCCUUCAUUAUUGUGGGCUCGCUGGUAGCAGUUUAUUGUUGCACAUGUUUAAGACCUAAACAGCCGUCACAGCCAAUCCGAUUUUCUCUGCGGAGCUAUCAGACCGAGACUCUUCCCAUGAUCUUGGCCUCCACAAGCUUCAGGACCCCAUCCAGGCAGUCCAGUACCGCGACAAGUUCCAGUUCGACCAGCAGCUCGGUUCGCAGGUUCUCCUUCCCCCGGGCAGAGCCAGGCUGCCUUGUGCCCUCCUCACCUCCACCCUACACAUCUGGCUGCUUCCAGACAGCCCACACAGUCCACCUGACCCAGCCAUCAGGAUUUCUGGUGUCUCCACCUUACUUUGGGUAUCCUCUCCAGCCAGAGCCUGCCCUGGUAGGGAAGAGCUGCUCUGAUUUUACUCAGAGCUGAAAGAACUCGUGAAGAAGUAAUGCAAACUUUGCAACCACAGGGGCUGCUGCUGUUGGGUGUCACACUGAUGUGCUCUGUGGCUGCAGAAGUCAGAACUGUUCCUGUGGGUGAGUUGCCCUUGAAAAGUGAGGGGUCUCACUUGAGAUUGCAUUUCCCAAACUUGGAUCACACUUACAAAGGAAUUGUAAAACACUCCAAACAGUUGCUCUAAAACCGGACUGCUCUGCCUAAUUUGUGCAGAAUGUGU